AUGAAAUCACCGGAAUUAUCUGAAACCGACCGUUUCCGGGUUGGAUUAUUCGAUCUGGGAUUAACUACGUUACCACUUCUAUCCAAUUUAGUGUAUUUUGCAUUAACGGCACAAGAAUAUGGCUGCUCGAAGAUACUUGAUGCUAUUGCAACAACUAAUAGUGAAAUCUUGUUUAUAUCUAAAUUAAUUUGUUCAACAAAAUUUAUCGGUAAAUUGCGAUCUUUAGUAGCAUUAAGUAUCAUAAAUUGUGAUUUAGAUGAUUUAUUCCAAUUAUUUAAUGAUAAAUCUACAUUAACAUAUUUACGAAUUGAAUAUUUAUAUAAUGAUAAUUAUGAUGCAGAUAACAAAUGGAAUUUAAUUCAAGUCAAUACUAUUCAUUUAAAAUAUUUUACUAUCAACAAUUGUAGGAUCGAACUUAAAUUUAUUCAGUUCAUGUUAAACAAAAUGAAAAGUCUUAAGUUAUUUUCGAUAUCAGCAUCUCAAGCUGACAUGAUCAAUGCGGAAACUUGGAAAUUCAUCAUCGAACAUUCAUUAAUUAACUUAAAAAUAUUCAGAUUUUGUUUUGAUUACAAUAAUGAUGAUGUUUAUGAUGAAAAAAUUAAAAAAAUUAAACAAUUUCAAACUGAAUUUUGGUGGAAAAACAAUUGGAACCUUCCCCAGGACGAUGGUUGCUGA